UCCCAAAUAAAUCACACUUUCGAGAUUAGGUUUGUUCAGUCUCUCACUUCAAACUCACUGUCUUCGCUGCGGCUAGGGUUUAUACCCUUUCUCCCACCGCUGUUUUUUUUCUUCUUCUAAUCUGUGUUUUUAGUUUGUACUAUGGUGAGUAUACAAGUCUAGUGUUUAAGUUGUUGUGUCGUGGGAAAGUGGGUACUGUGUUUUGGUGUUUUUGUGUUUUCGAACAGCAUGGCCACUAUGAACCCUUUCGAUUUGCUUGGUGAUGAUGCUGAGGAUCCUUCUCAGCUUAUCGUAGCCGAACAACUCAAAGCUGCUGCGGCUCCUCCUAAGAAGCCCGCUGUUCAGGAACAGGGCAAGCAACGUGCCGCUCUGCCGAAUAAGCCGGCUCAGCUACCUUCUAAGCCAACUCCUCCGGCUCAAGCUGUGAGGGAGUCCAGAAAUGAAGGAGGCCGUGGUGGUCGUGGAUACGGUGGUGGUCGUGGAGGUGGUCGUGGAUAUGGUGGUGGACGUGGAGGACGUGGUUUCGGUCGUGACUACUCUUCCAACGAAGAAAAUUCAUUCCCUGUCUCUGGAGCCCCUGGUAGUCAGGGUCCUAUUGAAGAAGGCGAUGCUGCAAAGUCUUCAGAGAGACGUAGCUAUGGUGGACCACGAGGUCCCUACCGCGGAGGUCGCCGUGGAGGUUUCAGCAACGGCGAAGCUGGUGAAGAAGGACGGCCACGUAGAACUUUUGAACGCCGCAGCGGCACCGGGCGAGGAAGUGAAUUCAAACGUGAAGGUGCUGGACGUGGUAAUUGGGGAACUGAAACUGAUGAAAUUGCCCAGGUGACUGAUGAAGCUGUGAAUGAAGCUGAGAAGAAGAGUUCAGGGGAUGAGAAGCCUGCAGUCGAAAAUGAAGUUGCUGAAGGAAACAAGGACAAUCCUGCCAAUGAAACUGAAGAAAAAGAGGCCGAAGAUAAGGAGAUGACUCUUGAAGAAUAUGAGAAACUUCUAGAAGAGAAAAGAAAGGUCUUGCAAGCACUCAAGACCGAAGCAAGAAAGGUGGACACUAAAGAGUUUGAGUCCAUGCAGGCCUUGUCUUGCAAGAAAGAUAAUACUGAAAUCUUUGCUAAACUAGGAUCUGAUAAGGAUAAGCGCAAAGAAGCUCUUGACAAGGAAGAGAAAGCCAAGAAGUCGGUGAGCAUAAAUGAGUUUCUGAAGCCAGCUGAAGGUGAAGCAUAUUAUAAUCCAGGCGGACAUGGAAGGGGACGUGGCCGUGCUACACGGGGUGGUAUCCGUGGAAACUCAUUCAGCAAUAUACCAGCUCCAUCCAUUGAAGAUCCUGGGCAUUUCCCAACCUUGGGUGCCAAGUGAACCCGCAUAAACUUCCUAUUUUCAAUUUUGGGUUCUCUUUCAUUUUAAUGAACUUAAAGCAGGAAAUGAACUUUAGCAAUUAAAUUUCCUGUUUAAUUUUAUUAUGAUGGGUUUAAAAUGUAAAUUUAGGUUUUUCAUGCGGUCCUUUAUCCCUUGUAGCCGUUUCCCCUUUAUGCGUUGCUACGCGCUUACUACCGUUGACAUUUUGGGGUUAAAUGAUGGCGGGGUAAAAACAUAAAUGUUGUUGAGUUUUCUUUUCUUCAUAGAUUGACAUCAGUUUUGCUUCUAAUUUAAGUUUUCUUUAUUUAAAUUUUA